AUGUCAUCCACCCACUUAAUUUCUUCUCCAAAAUCUAUGAUACUAUAUUUUUCUGCAGAAGAAGUUAAUACAUUAUUAGAUCAUCUUGGUACCCAACAAAUUGAAUUAAGUAAUACAGCCUUUCUGGAAGACUUUUCCAAUUUACCUUCUAUUGUUCUUUCUUACAAAUCCAAAACUUUUAAUUUACUAAAAGCACUUUCUAAU